CAAGCUCGGGCCCUUGUCCUGUUCUUCAUCCUUGCUCCCCUCCGUCAUCCACGUCGGAAGGUCGGACCAGCAAUUCAGAUACCCAGAAGAGAAGAGACGUCGAAAUAUCCCUCGGGCUGUCUGCUCUCCCUAAACGACUUGGAAUCCUCAGUUCGGUUUCACCCCCUCACGAAAAACUGCUUCACUUUCGCAUUCUUCCUGAAGCCACUUACCAUCCAUGGCUUAUUCGCAACCCUUCCCUCUCGCAAAGCAGCCUGGCCAGCAGGAACUACCUCCCACGUUCCGGCCGGACCUGAACGUUCGGCUCAUCUGCCCCGACUGCAAAGACCCGAACCCCCAAAUUGCCGAAGAGUUCAGCAGCGGAGAUUUGGUGUGCGCGUCGUGUGGAUUGGUGCUGGGUGACAGGAUUGUGGAUACCCGGAGUGAAUGGCGGACCUUCGCGAACGACGAGGGUGACGACCCGUCGCGUGUGGGUGCCGCAUCGGAUCCGCUGCUCGGCGAAGAUCUGGACACGAUGGUCAGUUUUCGGGACGGCGGGUCGGGUCUGGCGAAGGAGCUGCAGCGGGCGGCUUCGCGUGCCCAGAGUGCUCGCUCGGAGCGCAGCGUGCUCACCGCAUUCCGGCAAAUUGCCACCUGGUGCGACCAGUUCUCGCUCCCCAAAACCAUCAGCGACAUCGCCAAGCAGCUAUACAAGCGCUCUGAUGACGAGAAGCUGUUGCGCGGGAAACCGGUGGAUGCCGUCGUCGCCGCAUGCAUAUUCCUCGCCUGUCGGCAAGCCCGUGUGUCUCGCGCAUUUCGUGAGAUCUGCGAGAUGACCAAGGUGUCGAAGAAGCUGCUAGGGCAGUGCUGCAAAGCGAUCCAAAAGACUCUGGACUUGAACAACGGGUCCACGACGUCGACGACACAGGCUGGCGCGGAGACGCUGCUAGCGCGGUACUGCAAUCAUCUGGACCUGCCGCCGAACGUGCAAUCGGUCUGUUCGGACAUCAUCGUCACCGCACGCAAGUACGGCAUUGCAGAGGGCAGGAGUCCGCUGUCCAUCGCGAGCGGCGCACUGUAUUUCACGUGCGCUCUUAUGGGCAAGAACAAAUCGAUCCGUGAGAUUGCUGAGGUGACCAAGGCCGGAGAGAACACGAUCAAGGUUGUGUAUCGGUUGUACUGGUCAGACAGGAAGAAGCUGGUGAAGAAGGCAUGGAUCGACGAGGGAAGGGUAAAUCUGAAUAAUCUACCAGAUACGGCUUCUCAUGGAGCGGUUGUCCGAGCUCUCCUUCGUCCUCGACGUCAUCCCAGAACCUCGACCUUCAGUUUAUAUGUUCUGUCAGCAACGGACGCCAUCUGCGCUUCGUAUCGAUCUAUGCCUGCGAUAACUCUUCCCGUGGAACUCUAUGCUUCGAUUGCCGAACAAAUCCCGCAAGACGACCGGCAGUCUCUCCUAGCUCUAACGCGAGCGCUCCCCCACCACCCCAUCUCCAUCAAGCCGCUGUUCGAGCGCAUCGUGUUCACGCGUGCAGAACAGGCUGUACUGUUCACGCUGCGGCUGCUCAAGCCGGACGGGGCAAGGGUCGCCGGACACGUGGAGGAGUUCCGCCUCGAGGACCAGUGGACCGUGGAUGCAGAGAUCGUGCUGAAUAUCCUCAGCAAGCUGCCGCGGCUGCGCUCGCUUGUGCUGUGCAUCGGUACGAACUUCUCUCCCGAGCAUCUGAGGAGCGUGCUCGAAAGGCCUCGACCGGAGCUGACCAACCUCUCCCUGAUCUUCAGGCCAUACGUCCAGAAAGCGACUUAUCAGCAGUUUUUGAGUGGCUCGUAUUUCGACCCUGUCUUGGAAUGCCUCGCGCAAUGGCCAGCGUCGAAUCUCCCUACUCUGUCCAUCAUUCAGCAACCCAUGGAUCCUUCUCAGGCGCCAAAGGUCUCCUUCGCACAGCCGAUCGUGUUCUUCCGUCUGGAUCUGCAUCUGGCGAAUCUGGCGCGGUCAGCGUAUCUUUCCACUCUCAAAUCAUUCCGUCUUCGUAUUCCAGCGAGGCCUGUUGCCGGGCCGCUGACUACGCAUUACCGGUCGCUGCCGUCCGUCGAGCUGCUUGACCUCUCGACAUGCAAUGUCUUUGGCUCUGAUCUGACCGAGACGAUCUUUCCGCGGCUGCCGAGACUGGCCCACCUGAUCCUGGACAAGACGACUCUGCUGCGCGGCGACUUCCACUCGGAGGAUUGGGCUGUCCUGGGCAAGGGAUUCGCGCUGUCGGGUGUACGAAGGAUGCGGGAACGAGAGAAGAAACUACGGCAGGCGCGCUUGGAGACUGUAGCGGUCGAGCCCGCUGCCGUCCGGCGGACAGCGCGGCCGGGGCGGAAGGGCGUCAGCACCGCGACCAUCUCGCUGCGGCAGUCCCCGCCGCGGGAAACACGCGUCGUGGGGUUCAGGAACACCCCGGAGGCGGUGGCCACGCGGAAGGUGCGUCUGCUGCCCCCGCCGCCGGCCGUGCGCUCGUUUGCGACGACGCUCCCCGCAUCCGUGUCCGCAUCGAAACACGCUGAGAUCCGAGAGCACUUUGAGCAGGGCUGGAUCGAGGGUCUCUCCCAGAUCGUGCAGAUUCGCGCGCGGCUGUUUCAGUCGUACAGGCUCGGAUCCACGAUCAUGCGCUUUGACGAUGAGGAUCUGGAGAACGACUCGGAGGAAGGGCUGAGCGGUCUUGUGGAGGUCACGGACUGGGAGGACGAGCUGGACAUCAAGGCACCUGUGCUGUGUUUUGCUGGGCCCGUCAAGUCGGAUGCGCAUCCAGAGGGUUGUGCGCACUCCUUUGCCUGGGCGGCCUGGGACGAUUAAUCAUUGAUCUGAAGUGGCACGAAAUCCUAAACGCCCCAAAUCCGCAUGAGAUCACUCAGAGGGGUUGCCCCCACAGGAUGCGUAAAAAGCCAAGCAGCUGCGGACAACAAGAGUCGGAAUCUAGAUCAGCAGCGGGUGCCGACUGCUUCCGCGCCCCCGCGGGAGCCGUGGCCUGGAUCGCUCUCCUCAGCCCGUGCUCCCGCCUGCUCCACCAACAGCCCCAACAGCUUCUCCAUCCCCGCUAGCCGCUUGCUCUCCCCAUCCCCAUCGGGCCCUCCAAUUCCCGAAACUAGCAGCGACACGGGACUCGAGGCUGUGCUGCUCCUCGUCCGCGCUAUUGACCGCCGGCUGGCACCUUACCAAGUCGUGAUGGUGCGGGUUGUGGCCGUACCAGUUGAUGCCCUUUUCCGUCGACUCAGAUGACGUGUAGAUUGUACGCUUCAGAUGCUUAGAUAGAGGGUUAGCACGCUUGCCUUAGCAGUUGACACAGAGCCAACAUGGUUGGCACACAUCUCGUCUGCACGACCUGCAUCGCGGGACAGAGUCCACCACCAGCUCGGCGCACCUGGACUACGAGCCAAGGACGCGCUCAAGACAGCGCGCGGGCUGAGCGGGUAGUUCGGCACCUUAGCUGCACCGCGAGUCCUGUUGGCUCGUGCAUGUACUGGAACUGGCGACCCUUUCAGUGUGAGAUCGGGUCCAGGCUUCGUACGGGAGAGUCGCUCAACUAGUCCGUACGCGAAAGUCGUGAACUUGUGUUGUGUGCGUCGGCCUUCUGUUGUUUGAAGGUUGCUUGCUGCAGUGCGCUUCCGUGCCAGGCUGCUGCUAGCAGACCCACAGCCAGGCCGCGACGUUCAAGUAAAUCCACGCGAUCCCGCACAGCGAUUGCCGCCCGGUUCAGCGUGUCGGCGACAUCGCACAGCUCGUCAGUCAGCAUGAAUGAUCCUGCUCUGGCAGAUCCGCAGGAUCUCAAAAUAUCGCUGCAGAAUCAGGUAGAUCAGCGGCAGGAGAAACUACAUUUUCGAUGCGGCCCUGUCCUAGAACGAAUUCAGCGGCCGGCGUCCCUCGCAAUCAGGCAUCCAGCAACGCACUAGCGACGAGGUGAAGCGUAUUCAGCGCAUCGAUAACGAAGUGGACAGCCGCCUCCAUGUGCCCCGGAUCCUCGCUUGUUUGGGCGCAACGCACGACUCAAAUCGCUCCUGCAACCCCUCAUUGACGAACGAAACGGGGGAUUUCAUCGCAUCUUCGUUGGGCGCUAAUUCUGGGGCUCCCAUAAAACUUCAACAUUGCAGAAAAGCAUCGGGAAGGAUCGCAGUAUCAAGGAUAUGUUCAACAGUGCGGAUGUCGCUAUGUUUCGCGGUAGUGCAGCAUAUUAAUGAUGGGAACACGGAGAUUGCCGGUAUUUGAUAUUGCUGGCGUAUAGCAGCUUGGAAUUUCGAACACUGGAGCGGGGCUACGUCGAAUCUAUUUGGGCAUCGAAUCGCAAGUACGGAGGAGAAUAUGUGUAAAAGUAGCCUCACGUGACUACAAUAAAGCACGCUGUUGAGAAAACUCGAUCAUUCCAAGUACUGAUGCAAAUUGCAAGUGCGAAGGAGAUCGAGAUCCUGUCGCGCGCGACGCCCGUGGUAGACCGCAGCGUACAGCCAUGGCAUUCCGAAUAUGACUGCACGGCGCGUCAACGGCUCAGAGAUAAUGCGCGUGCCGCCGACACCUCCAAAGCCUAAGUGCCCUGCGAUUGCAUCCGGUGCGAUGCGACGACAUUGAAACGCGACGACGAGGUGGUGUUGAGACAGAAGUUUAGUCAUGCAUAUGCCGGGAGACUAGUGAUGCGCAGGGCUCGUUUUUCGACGGUCACGGGACCCACGCGAUACGAUAACCACGGCAGUCAGCGGAUCGCACUCUCCGGCAGUCGCGACAAUAUCUU